CCCCUGAUUAGUAGUUUAAUAUUAGUGUUUACUACAUUUGGUUUAAAUUGAAUUUGUUUAUAUUUUAUAUAUAAAUAAUAAUUAAAAAUGUGCACAGACUAUAUUCAAAGUUAUAACGAUCUUCAACAAGAAUUGGAGAAUGCAAAAGACACAUUGGUAGUUCUAAAUGAUAACAUCAAGCGGAUUAUUGGACGCGGUCCCAAAUUGGCCAGAGAUACUAGAUCAAAUGAAAUAAAACGUUGUGAUGAUGAUAAGGCCAUUAAACAUUUUCAGGACUCAUCUGGUUCAAAGAAAAGAGCAAAUAAUUCGAAGUCUGUUUUUAAACGAUUAUCAUCCCCAACCGCAAGAUACAAUAAUUCAGAAUUAAGGCCAAGACUAACGUCACGGGUUAUUAGAGAAUUACCAUCACGACAAGAAAUUGUUGCAGCACAGUGUGCAGAUUCUGAAUCUAGAGCAAGAAACCGCCGUAUGUUUGGAUCCCUUUUGGGCACUUUACAUAAAUUUUGCCAAGAAGAGUCUCGUCUGAAGCAAAAAGAAGAAAAAAAAGCACAAAUUGAAAAAAAAUUAGAAGAGCAAGAAAUUCUGGAAAAAGAAUCGAUUAAAAGAGAACGUGAAACAUUAUUCGUUGACAGAAAACGCAAACAAAUGGAAAUAAAAAGAUUGGAGUCAAAAAUGAGUCGUAUAAAAGACUAUGAAAUUUGGGAAAAUUCUAUGAAAGGCUUAAAAACCUUUAUUAAAACUAAAACUACUCCAUGUAUAUACUAUCGACCAAAGGUGUUGACGAAUAAAACCGAAAAAUUGUUAGCUGAAAGUUUAUAUGAUAUUGAUGCAAUUAUUAAUAAAAAGAAAGAAGAUCUGAAGUUAAAUUUAAUAAAAUUAGAAGAAAAUUUACAAAUUCCGGAAUAUGAUACCGGCGAGGAUGCGAACAUGUCAUCUGAUAAGAUAGACGAUGAUUUUGAUAACUCCUCAGUAACAGCUAAUGCAAUAGCAUCUUCAAUUUGUGUUAUUAAGGACAAAAAAUGUGACCCCGACUCGAAGGAAAAUAAAAUUAGAUACACAGAAGAACCAAUGUUAAGUAGCAGUGUUGUCAUUAUAAAUAAUUGACUUUUAUUUACAAUUUAAAAAUAUAUUAAAUAAAAAAAAACAAA